GGGAGUUGGUGCAGGAAAAUAGUAAGUGCGCACCGAACAGGGCAGCGUGUGUCGGAAUUUUCUGUAGCCUAUGCUGAGGUGAAGUUGAAGUGGAGAGCCAGAGCCAAGACGUGACAUUUUCGACUGGAGGUGGAAAAAGUGUUGUGAGAGGGCGAGAAGAAGAGAGAGAGAGGGAGAGAGUGGAGCGUAAAUAAGUAGCCUACCUAUAGCGUUUACUUCGUAACGCAUCACAGCAGGACCGUGGAUCGAAGGCACUUAGCCCCUACGGACAAGGACAAGGCAGUGCGGAGCAGGAGCAAGCGAUGUUGUGGAGUGUGGGUUUUGGUGGCAGGAUGACUGUGGCCAAGCUCCUCCUAUUCUUCUUCAUCCUCCACACGUUUUGCGAAGCCUCCAACCAGCCUCCACGCUUCCAGAACUACUUUUUCCACUCAUACCUUCUCAUCUAUGAGAACACACCAGUUGGCACAUCAGUGACCCAGCUAGAGGCUCUGGACCCAGAACAGGAGCCACUCAUCUUUGGUGUCGUGGGAGAGGAGGCUAUGAGGUACUUUGCCGUGGCGAGAGACACAGGAGUGGUGUGGCUACGACAGCCCCUGGACCGCGAGACCAAGUCGGAGAUGCAGGUGGAGUUCUCUGUGAGUGACAGCCAAGGGGUGGUCAAAGACACAGUAAAUAUCCAGAUAGGAGACGUGAAUGACAACUCCCCAACUUUCCAUGGCCAGCUGUACACAGUACACAUCGCAGAGAACACUCCAGUGGGCACCUCAGUGUACCAGGUAAAUGCCACAGACCCAGACCAAGGCACAGGGGGAAGUGUGCUCUUCUCCUUCCAGCCCCCUUCUCCCUUUUUCUCCAUCGAUGGAGCCCGUGGUACGGUCACUGUCACCAGGGCCCUGGACUACGAGACCACCUCGGCCUACCAGCUCACUGUCAAUGCCACGGACCAGGAUAAGAAGCGGCCUCUAUCCAGUCUGUCUAACUUGGCAAUCACCAUCACUGAUGUCCAGGACAUGGACCCCAUCUUCACCAACCUGCCCUACAGCACCAACAUAGAGGAGGACGCCCCACUGGGCUAUGAGGUGCGCAAGAUAAAAGCCAUUGACCAGGAUCUGGGGAGACCGAGGGGCAUUGGCUACACCAUCAUCUCAGGCAAUACCAACAGCAUCUUUGCUCUGGACUACAUCAGUGGCUCUCUGACGGUAAAUGGACAGCUGGACAGAGAGAACCCCCUCUACUCACCCGGAUUCACUUUCACCGUCAAGGGUCCUGCUGAGAUCCUCAUAUUUAGAGAACGGUUAGACUUCCUUGGGAACAACCUGGGAGGAUAA